AUGUUUAAGCUUCAUAAGCAUAGGAAUGGGAAAUUAGGUGAUAGAAUUGAGUUCAGAAUUUCGAAUCUAAAGGCGCUUCAGGUACCAAAGGGGUGGGACAAGUUGUUUGUUUCUGUUGUAUCUGUGGAAAAUGGUAAAACACUUGCAAAGACGAGCAAAGUGGCAGUGCGUAAUGGGAGUUGUCAGUGGUCUGAUACUUUAUCGGAAUCUAUAUGGGUUUCUAGAGAAAAGCCGUCCAAGGAGACCGAUGAUUGUCUCUUCAAGCUUAUUGUUGCAAUGGGAUCAUUAAGAUCUGGCAUCCUAGGAGAGGCCACAAUUAGUAUGACCAGCCAUGUGAAUUCAGAUGCUGCUGUUCCACUUUCAAUCCCUCUAAAUAAGUGCAACCAUGGGACAGUUUUGAAUGUGACAAUGCAGUGCCUUACACCAAGAACAAAACCCAGGGAUCAAGAAUCAAGCAAAGAAAAUUCUCAUUUGAAGGUUAUGAAUGAAAAUAGUCAUGAAUUGUCUGUCAAGUCAAACGGAUCUGAUUAUUCAUAUGUACAGAGUGUAACAUCUUCCUCUGUUGAUGACGUGGAUUCUAGCUUAUCGCCAGGAGAAGUUGAGACUAUGGCAACAAGUCUUUCUGGUUCUGUAUCAAAUUACAGCUAUAACUCAGCUGAGGAUUCCACAGGAAGGGGAAAUUUCUCCCCAUGCAUCAGUGACGGGCAGAGUCCAACUGGAAGAAAAGACUCAACCAGUUCCCAGAAAGGUGUAUCCCAUUACGAUUACCCUGUAAAUAAUACUUCUCAGUCGAAUCGUUCAUCAUUUAGUUCUCAAAAUAUGCAAGACAUUGGCGCAUCAUCUUUUAAGACGACCCAUGGUUCUAACAACAGUCCUGAAGUUGCAGAAGACACGAAUGAAGAGCUACGGGCAGAAGCAAAGAUGUGGGAAAUGAACGCAAGAAAGCUAUUAGGGGACUUGGAGAUGUUGAAAACAGAAUUCUCAUGUCAAUCUGAAAAGAUGACAGGCCUGGAAACGGACCUUUCAACAGCAUAUGUAGAACGUGAUAGUUUGAAAAAAGAAGUUGAGCAGUUAAGAUUGUCAUCAGGAGAUCCAAUAGUGAGACAAAAAACUUUGGAAGAUUCAAUAUCUCAAAUUGAAUGCAUUCCAGAAAUUGAAAAUGCUCUAAAAAAUGAAUUAAUGUUUCAGAAAGAAUCCAAUGCCAACUUGUCUUUUCAACUAAAGAAGAGCCAAGAUGCAAAUGUGGAGCUUGUUUCUGUUCUCCAGGAGCUGGAAGAAACCAUAGAACGGCAAAAACGGGAUAUAGAAAACCUUUCAUCAUUACCGUCAAAACUCAGUACUCUGGAAAAAUCUUUCCAGCUAAGUGAAGAAGGAAAUAGGAUCUUUAUGCAACAAAUAAAACAGUUGGAGGAAUCAAAGAAAAAUCUGAUGGCUGAGGUGCAAGAACUGGAAGAGGCGUUGGAGGAUAAAACUCAAGACAUUGAACAAGCAAAGAUUCACAACAAAAAAGCACUUUCAGAUAUUGAAAUGGAAUAUGAAAGCAAGUUAUCUGCUAAAGAGGAGGAAAUUUCAAGUUUGAAAGCAAGGCUGUUAGAAUCUGUCCCAGAAACCUGUAAUGUGAAGACUGUGUCCAGAGAUGUACCUGAUGCAGAUAUUUUGGAACAAAUCAAAGAACUGAAAGAGAAAAUUCAAGAACUUGAGAUGGACUGUAAUGAGCUGACAAAUGAAAACCUUGACCUUUUAUUCAAGCUAAAAGAAGCAAAGGCCUAUUCAAAAGAUGGAGGUGCAUCCAAAGAUCUUUUGUCAAACAUGCUCCACGAUCAAUCAUUUUCUAGCUCUGACUCUGAAGUAAGCAACAAUUUAUUUCGAAUAUUCCAUUCAGAAGAUAUGUUCCAGGAGGAAAAUGCCAAGAAGAUUAGUAAUGAGAGUCAUAUUUCAAUUCGAGAGCUUGAGACUUCCAAAUCAACACUAGGAGUCAGAAUCACAGAUCAGAAUAACAAACUGACUAAUAAAACAUCUGAGAUGGAAAUCCUUGAGGCUAGCUUAUCAAGUAAAGAAAAUCAGAUGUGGGUUCUUCAGAAGCACCUGAGUGAAAUGGAAGCCAAGGUGGAUCAUCUUGAACAAGAGAAACUUCAAUUAGAGGAACACAUUGAGGACAGGAUAAAAGAAAGAACGCAUGAAAUGAAUCUCAACAGAUCAGAUAUAGAACAAGAAAAUGGACAACUGUCAAUGCGCAUUUCUGUUUUAGAAGCACAAGUGAGUGACUUGAUAAACGAACAAGACUCCCAAUUAUCAGAAUUAGAGAGCGCUAGAAAUCAAGCUGCAGAGCUACAAGAGAAGAUUACGGAGGUGCAGUCUGAGAUGGAUUCUUCCAUUGAAGAAAAUCAGCAGUUACAACUUACCAUUGAAAAUCAUGAAGAAGAAUCCAAUUCAUUUGAGAAGCUAAAUGGAUAUUUGAGGCAGCAAAAGUUGGAGUUAGAGGAGUAUUGCUCUCUUCUGGGAGAUAGGUUGAGGGAAUCAGGUGAAAGAUUUUCUGAUUGCUGUGGUAGGGUGGGACUCCUAGAAAAUAAAUUUUAUUUAAUGUUGGAAGAUAUUGCAUCAAAAGAGAAGGAUUUAACUUCAGAGCUGCAUGGUGUUUUGGAUGAAAAUAGGAAACAGAUGGAGCAGGGUCAAAGCUUAUUGAAUCAGAUGCAAAUUGAGAAGGUGGUGGAAAUUCAGAACCUUAAACUAGAAAUAGAGAACCUCAGAUUGAAACUUUCAGCAGCCUAUGAUGAAAAAGAGAGAGUAACUUCCAAUGCUUCGCUUGAAGUAUCCACACUGCGUGAUGAGGUUAAUAAUGUGCAGUUUCGAUACGAACAAAAGUUGCAAAACCUAACAACUGAGCUUGCCAAUUUCAAAACUAAAAUGGAAACGCUGAUGGAUGAACAUGAAAAGUUGUCAAAGCUGGUUGAGGACUACAAAUCAAAAGAACUGAAAUUCAGAAACACUAUAAAUGCCCUUGAAUCAAAACUUAUAGUCACUGAAAAUGAAAGACAGCAACACAUGGAUGAAUCCAGAAAUUUGAAAGUUUGGUUGCAGGAAACACGUCAGUUUGAAAAUGAGAUUAUGGCUCUCAAGAGUGAGCUCAAUGCUUCCAAUACUGAGAAAGAGAGACUACAAGCCUCAUUAUGCUUGAAAUCUGAACUUUGUGAAGACUUGAAAGCAGAGAGUAUAUCAUUUGAACGAAAGAUAUCAAGCUUGGAGAAGACUGCGUCAGAAUUGGAGCACUGCAAGAGAACUAGAGCAUCCCUUGAAGAAAGGCUUGUGCAGUUUGAGAAUGACUUGAAGGCCAAAGAAACAAGAUAUGUCCAAGAAAAAACUGAGUUACAGAGAAAAGUUCAGACCCUGGAAGAUGAGUUAAAACUGACUAAGGAACAAAAGCGAAAUCAAGUUUCAAGGUUAAACAGGAAACCUGUUAACGAUGAUCAGAAGGCCUCAAAAAAUUCGAUGGUUAAGAAUACCAAUCAACUUCGUAGUAAUAGGAAAAAGCCAUCUUUAAAGAAUGACAGAGAAGUCCUGAAAGAUCAACAAGACCUUUAUAACAGCAGCAAACAUCAGACUGAGGUGGAAAGUGAGCUUAGACUUCUUGAUGGAAGUGUCGAUGUGGUUGUAGUAGAACCAUUGUCAAAGUCUCAAUUGCUUGAGACUGAACUUGAAAAAGAACCCAGUGACAUAUAUGAAGUUCAACUUAUCAGGUCGUCACCUAAAGGCCGAUACAACCAAGCAAAUGGCCCAGUAAAAUCAAUGGGUGAAGAAGAACUAGUGACUAGAGAGAAGUUUGAACGUACAAAAUCAAUGCUAGAGGAAGAGCUGAGAGAUAUUCAGGAUCGAUACUUCCACAUGAGCCUUAAAUAUGCAGAGGUAGAAUCUCAGCGUGAAGAACUUGUAAUGAAACUCAAAGUGGCCAAGAGCAAAAAAGGAUGGCUCUCAUAG